CGCCACGAUUACGUGUUCUAUAGUUCUCACGCUCUACAUUGUGGUUCGCCGCUCCGCUGCUGUUCUUAUUAAGUUCAGUGCCAACACAAGUUACAUGUAUAAGUCGAAGAUUCUGUGGCAGAAACAUAAAGAAGACAGUUGAACGCUUACGUUUACUGUAGGACGAGAACAAGAUCACUGCCAGACCUGGAGCGGCGCAGCCGUGAGCGGGGCAGAUGGGCGCGUGGAACGCGUCCUGCCCCGGCAAGCCGGCGGCCACCGUGUGCAUGGCUGACCCGGCCGAGAUGCUCAAGCCGUGGAAGCUGAACUCGCUGUUCUUCCACAUCGUGGGCUGGCACGCGGCGGCGCUCGUGUGCGGCGUGGCGGGCAACGCGCUGGUGCUGGCGGCGUCGCGGCGCAGCGCCACGUCGCUGUUCCUGGCGUCGCUGGCGGCGGCCGACCUGCUGCUGCUGCUGCUGCACGCGCCGCUCGACCUGCUGCAGUACUUCGUGGCCAGCUGGGACGCGGCGGGCGCCGUCUGCCGCGCCGCCGAGUACGCCGCUUCGCUGUCCGCCGCCGCCUCCGUGCUCAACCUCGCCGCCGUCACCAUCGAAAGGUUCCUGGUGAUCGUGUUCCCGAUGAAAUCCCGCUCCUACUGCACGCUGCACAACUGCCGACGCGCAGUGCUUGCCAUUUGGCUGCUGGCUCCUCUGCUCACCGUACCUGUGCUGCUCACCAAGGGUACUUACGCGAUGCUGUACACCAACAUGAUAGUGAAUGUGACGAUACACCACUGCGCCGACACGGUGGGUGGUCUCAGCCUGGCCGUUUACCAGCUGGUGCUGCUGUUCGGGGCGCCGGGCGUGCUCAUGCUCUUCUGCUACAGCUGCGUCAUUGUCGAACUCUGGAAGAGCACGCGCAGCAUGCAGGUCCUCACCAACAGCAUCAGCACAAACAGAAUUUCCAGCCGUCAAGAGAACACAUUGACAGCCUCACAAAGCAGCAGACACACAGUGACUAGAAGACGAAACAGGGCUGACACAGCACGCGCCACAAGGAAGCAGGUUAUCAAAAUGCUGAUUUUGGUAGUAGUACUUUUCCUCCUAUGUUGGGGACCAAGAAUAAUAAUGAACAUGCUUACUAAAAUUGGUCUACAAAGUUUUACUCCAACUGAGUACACAAUGAGGGUUGUGUUCAACAUCCUGCCAGUCAUUCAUGCUUGCUUUAAUCCAGUAAUAUACUCUUUCAUGUCUAAAAACUUCCGCCGUUCACUGAAAAGACAGUUUGAGACUCUUGGCUGCAGAAGAAAUUUGUCCAGACACAGGAGCAGCAGUUUCAGAAGCAGCAGAUUGCAUCAUGGCACAAUCACACAACAGACAAGCAUCAGACCGCGAUACACACUGUCCUCAUCAUCGAGCACAUACAAUGCUGAUGUUACCAGACACACUGAAAUGGAAAACACAGAUUCUGUCAACAGUACAGUGGUCUGA